AUGCGAGAGCCAUCAGUUAUCAUGGCUGCCGAUAGGCUUUCACUCCCAGAAAUAACCACUGCGAGAAACUUGAAUCAUGGGCAAACAGAUUUGUUCAUCAACAUCAACAUUCAUGAUGAGUAUGAUGAUCAUGGUGUUAAUAAAGAUAGUGAUUUAGCCGAGAGAGAGGAAGAGGUUGAAAAUAAUGACACUGAUGAUGAUAAUGUAUUAUCCGAAGGUGAUGAUGAGCAGCACGGACAGAUUAUAAUGGAUGCAUGUGUUGGUAUUGCUAAAAAUGUAGGGAAGAUGAGAACAGCAAUAAAGUUGUUUCCUUCGGUAUUGGGAACUAAUAAACCAUAUGUGUGA